CAAAAGUCUUUGACGAUGGAUUCUCAUAAGGAUUUUUCAAAGGGGACGGAAGAAACUUUGGAAGGCAUAAAGAAUUUAAUAACCAGUUACAAGGGUCAGUGUGAACAGCUGCUCCAGGAUCAGAUGAUCGAGGUCGCCCGCAGAGAUGAAGUGCGAAAAAUGACUCAGGAGUUCAACCAUCGAGCUGACAAACUGUCCCGGAGCCUGAGAGAUGACCGGCUGUCCUACAUGGAGAAGUUCCAGGCUGAAAAGGAGAGGCUGGACAGCCUCAGGCAAGAUGAGAAGAUGCUGCUGAGGGAGAUAGAAAGCGUAGAAGCAGCUCUGAGGGACCAGGACAGGAUGAAUAAUGGUCUGAAGCUGCAGUCUGACAUUUUCACGGGCAUGCCAGAGAGGACAGUCGUCUUCGCCGGGCAGACGGGAGUUGCAGCUGACGGCUCGGCGUUUGAUGUGAAGCCGCGUGUGGUUUACCCCAUGGACGGAGGGACGGCACUGAUCACGUUUGAGGACAAAGAAGUGGCAAAGAAGGUUCUGGACAAGAAGUUCCAUCAAGUCAAGUUUGAUCUGGAAAAUGCCUGCAGCAUCAAAGUGGAGGCCAAACCAGUCCACCUGAUGAUGCCUCAGCAGGUGGAGAUGGUCUCACAGGUGUGUUCUCAAAAGAUAUUAAUCUCCAACCUGCCCCAAGUAAAAAGUGAGAACGUGAAGAUGUUGCUGAUGGAGCUGGAGCUCCACUUCUCCAAGAGACGCAAUGGAGGUGGUGAGGUGGACUACUGUGAAAUGCUGCCCGACUCUGGAAGUGUGGUCAUCACCUUUGUAGAUAAAAACAUUGCUCGCAGUCUGACUGAUGCCAAGUAUCACGAUGUGAUUCUACAAGGAAAGAAGCACAAACUUUGGGUGACGCCGUUUCUUAAUGGACAAAUUAUAAAGCUGGAGACCAGAAUGUCCAUGUGUCCCCGGACGGUGCUGCUGGCGGGGAUUCCUGACUUCAUGGAGAGGGACACCCUGCAGGAUCUGAUGGAAAUCUACUUCCAGAACAGCAACAGGGGUGGAGGAGAGAUCGAGAUGAUCCUCUACAAUACGCUGGGCCAGAAAACCCUGGCCCUGUUUGAGGGCGGAGCCAUGAGCUCAGCAACGGGGGGGGGGCGGUGUAGAGCUCAGUGAAAAUGGCAUCUGAUGUUUAUUGGGAGAGGGAAACCUUUUUUUUUUUUUUUUGGGUGUACACCUCCACAAUACAGUUGAAAUGAAAAUCAGGAUGUUUGCAGACUUUUAGCUUUAAUUCUAGUAAUAAAAAUAUUAACAAUUUAGGAAUUGUAGAUCAUUUUCAUACACAGCCCCUCCAUUUUCCAUAAAUAACUGAUUAUCACUUUUGCAGCCAGCAAUGAAUAUGUCUUGUACUGCAUCAGUAUGAUGAAGCUGUCUGGACUAGGCAGUUAAAAAAACAAAAAAACUGAUUGUGGGUCAAGCAGACAAGUGUGAGUUAUAGGCUUCUGUGUCUGUGAUUGAAGAAGGCGUCCUGCAUGGUUUUUAUUAUAAUUUACAGCUGCUCACCUCGUGAAUUAACGCUGACGGUCUACAGGACAAACACAUCUUUGUUUCAUUUCAACUGUGUUGUUUUGUCCAGAAACAAAAUUGCAGAAAAAACAAAUGCUGUCUGUGUCCAAAUAAUAAUAACUGAGACCCUUCAUGCUCCCUUGUUGGGCACUCAGAGGUCCCCACAGCAAAUCCAAGGUGGAGCUGCAUGUUGAAUUGGCACAAAUUUUACACCAGAUGCCCUUCCUUGCGCAACUCCACAUUACAUAGAUAAAUGUAGCAGGGGUAGGGUUCGAACUGGGAACCUUCCGCACUGAAACCAAGCGCACUAGCCACUUGGCCACCACCCCUUAUGGACUUUUUCCCUAGUUAUGCUUCCACACGUUGUCACAGUAGUCACAAAAUCAGGCAGGUCUUAUGUCUUAAUUCCUGAAACUAUUUAAAAGAUCACACUUCAAUCAUUUACAGAACAAAGAAAGUGCAAUUUUAUCUUUUGAGUCAUCUUUUGUUUUAUGUUUCUCACCUCAUGUACAUAUUAAGGUACCACUCAAAAAAUAGUUUAAUUUUUAUUGUCCCACCCUCCAGAUUUGUUCAUAAUGUCAAAAGAAAAAAGCUGACAAAAUUUGGAUGUAUUACAAUAUUUACUACUUUUGUAACUUCUGGAAAAAUUUGGAUAUGAUCAAUAACAGUUUUAACAUAAACAUAAGAAUUAUUGUAGAAAUACUUAAAAUGAAGACUAGGAGCUGCUAGCAGUUACUUCAGAACUUAAGUGCUUUUUAAACGAAAAUAAAUUAACACAAAAAAUGACUGAAAAUGUCACAAUGCUCUGUCCAGAGAAUGACGUUACUGCAGCUUUAGCAACAGCUUCAUUUGUCUUCUUGUAGCUGUCCAGCUCACGCAGUAGCUGCAGAUCAUUUUGUGGAACAGAUGACGAAUACAUGCAUGUGAACCAAGUCUUAAGGUCGACUUUUAUCACAAAUGUGCUGAAAUGGCCAAGAGGCGAGAGUUCAUGUGCAGUCAGUCGGCACUAGGAAUGAAAGAUGUAUAUCUUCAGGCUGCAUAUGAGCUUUACCAUCAUCUAGCUGGAUGGAAUGCCUGAGGACCCUGAAUCUGUACGUCACCAUUGCAAUCAGAUACCAGACAUAGCAGUGACAAGUGCAGGUGCUCACGGUAAUUAUCUCUGGGAUGAAACUCUUAGUUGUUACAGAAUGAAGUGAAUGAUAUCACCCUUAACUGGAUUGAGAGCUGACGUUAUGAACUCCACAUCUAGUCCACUUUCAGAGCCAGACUGGUCAAUUGAGCCCCAAUUAUAGUGUGUGAUAGUUCACUGAGCUACCAGUAAAUAUCCAAUAUGGAAAAAGUUGAAAAAAUGUUUUGGCCAUAAUAUUGAGUGGCACAUAUGGGUGUGUGUGUAUAAACUGCAAAACAAAUCUUUAUGAAUGUAAUUGAAAGACAAAUUCCUUGAUAAGUUGAAACCUUUUUUGAGUGUUUUUGUUUAUUUAAUAAUUAUAAAACUAAGACGCACAUUGUAUGUGAGAACUCCAACAAUCAGUGUGUUUGUGAUUUGAAACCUAGUGAAUCAUGACUGGUUUCAGCGAUAGAUUAAGAACACAGUUGACAUAAAAUCUGUACAUACAAAUUCUGUCUGAAACAUUAAAUACUGUUACAUUAGAGCUGCUAGACAUUUUGUCACACUUUGGCUUAAAAUGGAAUGUUGUUUUUUUGUUUUACAGUUGAUAUUUUGCCACUUUCACUUCAAACCCACACCAUAGAAAGUUUAAAUGCCACAUUCUAACUUGGAAUAUGAAUGAGUUCAAUGUAAAAAAACAAACAAACCACAAACUCCAAAACUACAACUUGGUAAAAUCCUAUUAUACCUGCAUUAAUGGUAAAUGUCCACCAGGUGGAAAUAUUGCUCCAUUUCAAGAAACGUGGGAGCAGGCUGUUUAGGAACAUGAUGAUGAACCUGUUGCUUAUAGUAGUGGAUGACCUUUCCUUGUUCUUCUGAAACCUAAUAAACCAUAAAUCAUGUUUGA